GCGGAUGGACGGCAGCCUUGGGCGCCGCCGGUUUCGUCACGUACAGGCGCCUCAACAGCUUUGAGGAGCGGGGCCCCUGCGUGCGCGAGGCUGUGGAGCUGCUGGCCGCUUCCAGCGCGGUGCGGCAGACGCUGGGCGGCAGCGGCCUGCGGGUGGCCUGGUGGCCAAGGGAGUGCCAGGUCCACGGCGCGUCCGGGCGAUCCUCCGCCAGU